UACGAAAUGACCCGUGCCGAGUCGAAGUUUUACAAUCGUUGCCGAUUCUGCUUGAAUCAGGACGAGGAGAAGCUGAUGCCCUUGUCGAUAACACUGGACGCGACGCUAACGAUCUUGGAUGUAGAGCAUUUCACGGGGAUUAAUGAUUUAGAGCGCAAUGACAAACCAUAUAUGGUGUGUGAGGGAUGUGACCGGCAUGUUAAUGCUUGUGUCGCGUUUCGAAACACUUGCCGUAAGAACUACACACUUUUCAAGCAGGAACUGUAUAAUGAAACUGUUGAAGAUGACGACGAUAGGGAUGAAGCCAUGGACACAUUUGCCGGGCCAGCGUCGGAGGUGCGCAUAUCGGCGGACGAGACCGGCCCAGAGAAGGACGUCUUUGGCGAUGAGGAUACAGCAGAGAAUCGCGAUAUAGAAGACCAAUCAUCGGACGAUUUCACAUGGCCAGAAGCUCCCUCGCCAAAGGUAGAGAAGAUCGUCCGCCCAAGGGUGUCGAAAACAGAAUCCACUUCUGGACGAAAAAAGAAAAUACGCAGGAAAUGGCUUUGUACUAUUUGUGGUUUGUUCACGCUGAAAUUCACCAAGCAUAUGCAAAAGCACAUUGAUCCAACUCCGUUUGCGUGCCCGCACUGUGAUAAGAAAAUGAGUGACUCCUGCAAUAUGAAGCGCCACAUUAAUGUCGUGCAUUUGAAAAUAGUCGUUGCAACGUGUGAAGAAUGCAAUUUGUCAUUCCAUGGAAAGCCGGACUAUAGAUGGCAUAUGUUGCGCGUGCAUGGUCAAGGGGACAUGACACCGCGUUAUAAAUGCCAGUUUUGCCCGAAGGCGUUUUAUUUUCAUGCCCGCAUGCGGAUGCACAUGGAACAGAGGCACUACGAACAUCGAAACUACGAGUGCAAAAUUUGCGGCAUGCGAUUUAAAACAAACAAUGCACUUUUCUUACACAAGAGAACGCAUUCGUCUGAAGCGCACUACCAGUGCCGUAUCCCAAUGUGUUCGAGGCGAUUCAAGAGCUCGUGCGGCCGUAAACAGCACGAAGUGACACACAGCGGCAUCGUUUUCGGAUGCGACCAGUGCGACAAGCAGUAUCGUAGCAAUGGUUUGCUUAAAGCACAUGUGAGAAAAUGCCAUCCAAAAACAGAGGAGGAAAGUGGUUCAUGA